ACCACAGCCUGUAGAGGACCCAGUCCUCUGAAAGAGGCCUGUUAGAGACAACGAGGACACGCUGGAUUCUGGGAAGGCGACUGGACAGCGAUGGAGACACUACUGACGAUGACCUUUGGUACUGUUUGACCCUGCUGUGAAUCCAACUGAAAACAUCCUGUUCAGUUUUUUUUUUCGUCCUUUUUUUGCGACAGAGCGACGGGAAUGGAGCAAGCACCCAGCGCGCCGAGCCCUCCUCCCAAACCGGCCCAUCACGAGCCCAUCAGCUUCGGCAUCGACCAGAUCCUCGGAGCCGGUACAGAGCCAGAAAACGGGCGCACGGCUGGAAGACAAAGUGGAUCAGAUUUAAGCAGCGGGGACGGUUAUUACAGUUUAGGAAGCCCGACCGGUGCCAGCGCGCCCUCUUACACCGCGCUGUCUAUCUCCCUCUCCGGUAUAAUGCCUCCGGUGGAGGCUUCAGGUUCAUACGGGGAGAGCAGGAGUCUGGGCAGCCGAGGAGUGAUUCGAGUCCCGGCACACAGACCCGUGACAGCCCCGGGACCUCCAGCCCCCGUCCAGGGCGCUGUCCCUGGCUUUGGAGGGCUGUGCUUCCCCUGGAUAGGAAACAGGUUCGCCAAGGACAGAAUAUCAGCCGCUCUUGUGCCGUUUGCCGUCACGCGGCGGAUAGGACACCCGUACCAGAACCGGACACCUCCGAAACGGAAAAAGCCCCGCACGUCCUUCUCCAGAGUUCAGAUCUGCGAGCUGGAGAAGCGCUUCCACCGGCAGAAAUAUCUGGCCAGCGCCGAGCGGGCAGCUCUGGCCAAGAGUCUGAAGAUGACAGACGCACAGGUCAAAACCUGGUUUCAAAACCGCAGGACCAAGUGGAGGAGACAGACAGCCGAGGAGAGGGAGGCGGAGCGUCAGCAGGCCAAUCGUCUCAUCCUGCAGCUGCAGCAGUCCGCCCUCCAGAAGUCUCUUAGCGAAUCAGCGGUGUCGGAUCCACUGUGCGCCCAUAACUCCUCCCUCUAUGCCCUGCAGAACCUCCAACCCUGGGCCGAGGACAGGGAAUAGAGACCAAACACCACGCUGCAAUCAAUAAGCAUCAUCUAUUAUCCCUGGGAGGAUAAAUAAAUUAAAUUAGGCCUACAUGAGGACAGUGGGACUUUCCUUGAAUCCAAGCAAAGGAGAAAAAAAAUUCAUGUUGGACGAGAAAAACUGAAGAGUGGGCCACAGCCAUUUGAGUGCAUGGUUGUGAAACUGGACCUGACUUGGUGGUGAGUGAUGCCUGUCUUGAAGAAAAACAGGACUUUCUUGGACUAAAUCUUGCAACUCUGUACUUGGGAACAGUGAGACUUUUCAAAUUCAAAGAGGAGCUGAAACAGAACUCGUCAUUAAAAUUUCUUGUCACCCUGUGAUUGUCCUCUUAUGCUUGUACUUAUUCUGUUUAUUAGAAUAAGAGGGAGAAAGAAAUUUAGCCUAUAGGAGGUAAUUCAUUUUUCACAGCGAGACACAUCAUGAUUGAAUAUUUUGCAGAGGUGUAAGCGAUCUCCUUAUUCUGAAACAAGCAGACUUUGCCACACUUAGAAAAGGUUAGCUCUGCUUUUUUUAGAGGAAGAACACGUCAAAUAAAGGCACGACUUACACUCCAGCACCUAUAGAAUAGACUACUUAUAUAAAAAUGUGUCAGUGAGUUUUAAAUAAAUCUCUUACUCUGUUUUAUCAAAAUACAAAACAAAAAUGUCUUCACAAAAAAAUGCAGAUAAAAGAUGGCUGUUUCAUUUAAACCGUUCUGGUGCUUCAACCUUUUCCAAUAAACAUUAAUCCACUCCAACUACAAUGCACCACCGCGAUCACCUGUGCAUAUACAGGUGUGUGGUGCACCGUCUUAGUCCCCGAGAAUGAUGCCCAAAUGUUACAUUAUGGGAAAAACUGCUAUUGUGAGCAGUAAUAAAAGGAAAAUAGAUGUCAGCAUUAGUGGGAAGAGAACCGAAGAAAAUAUGAAAGAGGCUGUAAGUUGGGUAAUAAAGGGAGUGAUGCAUGUCCAGUGAUGGUGGUGAACUUUUUCAUAUGCACAUUAUCAUGGUUUAUUUGCGGGCCGUGUCCUUUGGGAUAGAGGCACAGAUGUACAACCCUUUUUGUACUUUCUCUGUAUAUGUGUAAAUAACAGUAUAAACUGUUAUUGUGAUCCUUUUUGCUCACGCUCUUUAUGAUGCACCAUAAAAACGAUUUUAAGGUUUUAAUACACCAUAAUUUCCAUCUAUAAAAAAAGAAAAAGAAAAGGUUAUGGAGCGACAAGGUGAA